UUUGUAGCACCUCCCGGACGCCCCUUCCUCGAAACCUUCGGUCGCGAUUUCUCCUCCCGAAGCAGCGAUCGCAGGCUCGACUUUGUUUAGUAAAACAUGAGGUCCUUUCCGAGGUAGUCGUUUGGAGGACAGCUGUUUUUAUGACAAUAUUUCCAUUCGCUGUUACCAUUUUGAGGUUAUUCGACUGGAGUUUUUACUGCUCCAAGAUCAACCUUUUCUUUGAACUUCAGUUUUGUGGGCAAAGUUAGCGUGAGAUGGAAGAUUUUCGAGGUAUAACUGAAGAGUCAUUUCCAAGCUUUUUAACCAGUUCAUUACUUGGUAAUAGUGGGAUUUUGGAAAAUGUCACCCUUUCUUCAAAUCUUGGCUUGCCUGUUGCUGUUUCAACACUUGCUAGAAAUAGAUCGAGCACUGAUAAUAGGUAUUCUGAUAUUCAGGCAUCUUAUUUAGUAGAAGAGAGGUUUUCAGCUCCAUCUGAGUCAUCUCCCGGUAGCCAGAGUGAAGCUGAACCAAGAGAGAAGUUACAGCUUAGCUUCCAAGAUGAUGAUGAGAGGAAGAACCAUAUAGAAAGUCAACAUUUGUCAGAUGCUGUCCUCAAAGCAUCAGCUUUUCCCAGCAAUCUAGCAAAAACAGAAGAGCAGGAGGCUAAAACUGCAGAAUCCUUUCAGAGUCAAGAUCCUUGUGUUAGGAUUUUACCACUGGAACAAGUGCAAGACUCGCCUAUUGAUUUUGGUUUACGAUCAUGGAUGAAUACUAAGGAGAGCAAGAUUGUUGUUCCUGAUGCUGGAAAACAUUUUGAAGACAAGAAUCCAAGCAGUGACUUAAGCCAUACUAGUUUAAUAGAAAAUGAGAAACUUAUGUCACUGACAAGCUUGGAAGAUUCUGAUGAUGAUAUUGAUGAUGAAGAGUUUUAUGAUGAUCAUUUGGAGGCUUAUUUUGAGCAACUGGCAAUUCCAGGAAUGAUAUAUGAAGACCUAGAAGGACAGAAACCUCCAGAAAAAGAUUUUAGGUUACCUAUAGGUGAUCUCAGUCCGGCAAAUGAAAAUGGUAGUUCAAACUGUAAAUCUCAGUCUGAAAAUAACAGCUGUCAGAUUUCCCAUGGCUCACACUCUUCAGGAUAUUCUGAAACAACCCACAAAGAGUGUGAGGAAGGCCAUGUUGUUUGUCUCCCUGGGACCAGUAAUUCUACAGAUAAUGGAAAUAGUAGAAGGUAUGUAGAUGGUGUGUUACCACUUUCCUCUAAUACUUUGAGAAUUGAAAAAGAGAAAGAAAGGGCAGAAAGUUCGAAUGGUACUCUUCUACAUUGUGACAGAGAAAGCACAAGAGAAGAAGUUCUGGUGAAGACUAUCAGUGCUGCUAAUGUGGAACGUAACCCUGUUUAUUUUCAUGACACAAAUGUCAGUAAAGGUGAUUUUGACUUGAUGAACCCUUUAAAGCUGGAGGCAGGGUCUCCUCAUCAAAAUAAGCAUUUGGCAUCAGAUUCAGACACUGAGAUUUCUAAAGUAUCCAUUCAGAAAAAUAUGAACAUCGCGUCCCUGAAGCCCAUUAGUAACAAUAGAAUUAAUUCCACUGAUACUCUCCAGUCACCAACUAGUGAAAGGCGAACGUGUUAUGAGUCCAUUGAAAACAGUAAAGACCAAACUGAUCUACCGCAGAGCGUGGUUUAUCAAAAUGAAGAAGGUAGAUGGGUCACUGACCUUGCUUAUUACACAUCUUUUAACAAAGAACAAGAUUUAAAUAUGCCUCCAACUGAUGAGAUGAAUGAAGACUUCAGAACUGGUUCUGAGGCAUUGGAAUUGAUUGCACAAGAUGAAGAAGAAUUUAAUAAAGAGCACCAAUUUAUGCAGGAAGAAAACAUAGAUGCCCAGAACACUUCAGUUGCACUAGGGGAUACGUCGUGGGGAACUUCAGUUAAUUACAAUUUGUUGAGGAAAUCACUUAGCACAUCAGAUUUGGACAAAGAUGAUGCCAGUUACUUACGGCUAUCUUUAGGAGAGUUCUUUGCUCAAAGAUCUGAAGCUCUUGGUUGCCUUGGUGGUGGUUACAGUGUGAAAAGACCAUCAUUUGGUUAUUUUAUUAGAUCACCAGAGAAGAGAGAACCUGUUGCUUUAAUAAGAAAAUCUGAUUUAUCAAGAAGUAAUUUGGAAAAAGAAAUGGCUCAUCUUAACCAUGAUCUAUAUUCAGGAGAUUUAAAUGAACACUCCAAGGCACAACUAAGUGAAGGAUCAGUUACACUGCAGGCUGAAGAACUGGAAAGUAUUUCACAAGUGGAUGAAAAUGAUGUGACAUUAACUGCCAAUAAAUGCAAAACAGAGGAUACUUUCUUCAUAAAUAGCAAACCCCAAAGAUGUAAAGGCAAGCUGCCUGAUGGUGAUGUUUCUGUACUUAGGAUAAGCACCAUUGCUUCAGCUAUUGCAAAUGCAUCAGUGAGUACUGAUCCUUCCCAACUUGCUGCCAUGAUCAAGGCCCUUUCAAAUAAAGCCAGAGAGAAGACUUUUCAGGAAGAUGAUAAACAAAAGGACUCUUCCAUUGUGUCUCAUUUCUUAUCUAAUGACCUAGAAAAAAGUAAUGGAUCCAGUGCAUUUGAUAUGGAGAAAUACCUUAAAAAAACAGAAGUUAGUAGAUGCGAAGGUGGACUAGAAAACUUUUCAAGAGCUGGUGUGUCUGAUAUUUGGGAUUUAUCUUUGCCAAAAGAACAGACUACACAAGACAUCCAUACAGUGGACUUAGGUGCUACUAGUGUAAGUGUAAGGGAACCAGAAGAAAAUACAGCAGCUAUUUUUUAUGGUGAAAACAGAGCAGGCGAAAACCAGGAAUCAUUUAGAACAACAAACUCUUCAAAUUCAGUUUUUACAAAUACAAGAGAGAGUGAGAGUGCAAUAGUUGAUGUGAAGACAUAUUUCAUUGACAACAAAUUACCAGAUAUUGGUAACAGUGAAAAAGCUACCUCAGUAUCCAUUCCAACAUCUAAUAGUUAUUCAUUAGUAAAGAGCCCCAGAAUAGCAUCCCUUUGGCUGUCAGAAGAGUGUAAAGAAAUGCAAAAUAAUAGAGAAAAUCAGAGGCGAAAUGAACAUGUUAGUGAAACAAGUAGCAGUGAAAAGCAUGUGACUUUUGGAAAACAUUUCUUAAUCUCACCUAAAAAUGUUGAUGUGAAAAAUCCUUCUCCUGAGCAUGGUGAACAUAGUUCAGAAGAUGACCAGGAUAGCUUCAGACCUUCUACUCCUCCACUGAGUCAUUCUUCUCCUAGUGAAGUUUCUGGAACAAGUUUAUCAGAGUGUGCUUUAGAAUCUUUUGGCUCAGCAGCUCAUCAUCAGAAGCCCCCCUCUGAGAGUGAGUUGUCUCAGUUGAUGUGUCCACAGGCUAGUGUGAGCAGGCUGACUUAUGUGUCUGAACAAGAGAGCACCUGUCCCACCACGACCUCAGAUCAUGGCCUUGAGGACCGCAAGAGUGAUAUCACCAGUGAGUUGAGCACCACAAUUAUUCGAGCCAGUCCAAUUCCACCAGAGGAACAGGCCGUGGAAGAGCUGAGAGAAAAAGGUUCAUCUCAAAGUAGAGGAAAAGAAACAUUAUCAUAUGUUAUCCAGAAAAAGUCAGAUACAGAAAAAGCGACUGAAACUACUUCUCUGAGUAGCAAACCUGAAGAUAUAAAACCUAACUCUAGAUUUAGUCAAGAUCUUUCCUCCAAAAGUGAAGGUCUGUCGGAAACCACUGCUGCCGGUUUGAUUACAAACUCCAGUGAAUUGGACCAGAUCAGUCUGGCUCAUCUGAGCAAGUCAGGUCUCAGGCACUCAGCAAUGCCACGCCUCCCCGUGCCGCUUCAGGCAUCUGUGAAGGAAAGUGAGAGAGCAACUUCAGAAGAUACAUCGACUACCAGCAGUGCAUUGAGUGGCCGGGCUCCUCCUCAGAUGGCCUCUGGAAACCAGCGUGCCCCUAGUCCCAGCUCUUUGGUUUAUGGCUCUGCUCCCCACGUACAGAGCAUGCCCACCUCCGUUCCUACACUCUUGACUCCACAUUCUUUUACCGCAGCUCCCUUUGCCCAUCAGUAUUUGGGAACACUAUCUGCAGCUGGAAAUGUUACUUUGCCUCAGUGCUAUGCCGGCAGCACCACUGUCUGUGGGUUCUCAGGAAGCUGUUCUUAUCCUGCCGUCACAGGAGAGCAUAUUCAGAACUCUGUGGCUGUGGACAUCUGUCUAGGACAAAAUACCAGCUCUGGAUUGAUGGGUACCUCUUCCCUUUGUAACCCAUAUUCUAAUACUGUACAUCAGGAUCCUCUUACUACAGCAAAAUCUUUUCCUGUGCAGUCUGUUGGUGCAAAUUGUGGAAUUGAACCAUGGAAUUCAGGAAUAAUGUCAGGAUUUGGGAAUGUAAGAGUGCCUGAGGAAUUGAAGUUUCCUCAUGCUUGCUGUGUUGGGAUUGCUUCACAAACCCAUCUUAGUGUACUUAAUCCAACCACUCGCUGGCUGCAGGUCAGCGUAGGGCUUCUCAGUGUUAGUGUUAAUGGUGAAAAGGUGGACCUUUUAGCAUAUCCUUGUUUAGUUUUCAAGAAUAAAGUCAUCAUAAGACCUCAUGCCACAGAAGAGAUAAAAGUACUUUUCAUACCGUCCAACCCUGGGAUUUUCAGAUGUAUAUUCAGUGUUGCUUCUUGGCCAUUUACAGCAGAUGCUGAGACAGUAGUCCAAGCAGAAGCCUUGGCAAGCAGAGUCAUUCUCACCGCUGUUGCCGAGACCCCUGUGAUCGAGGUAGAAACAGAAAAGAAGGAUGUUCUCGAUUUUGGUGACUUGACUUAUGGAGGCUGGAAAGCUCUUCCUUUAAAAUUGAUAAACAAGACACAUGCCAUCGUGCCUAUCAGACUUAUUAUUAAUGCUAAUGCUGUAGCCUGGCGCUGCUUCACGUUUUCCAAGGAACCUGUCCAUAUUUCUAUGAGAACCGCUCCUUAUGCUGAUGUGAUUGCUCAGCUGGCAGCUCCUUCUGUGAUUAAUCACAUGAUGCCUGCCAGUUACGAUGGACAGGACCCUGAAUUUUUGAUACUUUGGGUUCUUUUCCAUAGUCCAAAGAAACAGAUCACUUCUUCAGAGAUUCUGGACUCAGCAGAAGAAUUCUUGGCAAGAGUUGAUAUAGAAGUUGAUAGCCCAAACCCUACACCAGUCAUUAAAAGUAUUGGUCUUCGAGCAAGAGCAGGAAUAGCUAGGAUACAUGCUCCAAAAGACUUACAGACUAUGCAUUUGUUUGCCAGUGUGGCUUCCUCAACAAAGCAGCACUUACCUUUGAAAAAUGCUGGGAAUAUUAACGUUUACUUAGAUAUCAAGAUCCCAGAUCAAGGAAGUCACUUUUCAGUGGUUCCAGAAACUCUAUUCCUUAAACCUGGAGAAGAGCACGAAGUUAUUGUUUCAUUUACUCCAAAGGACCCCAAAGCCUCUGAGGAAAGGAUCUUGAAAAUAUUUGUGCAGCCAUUUGGACCUCAGUAUGAAGUAGUGUUAAAAGGUGAAGUAGUUUCCUCAGAAAAUAAACCUCCGGCACCUGGAUCUUGCUGCUCAGAUAUUCCAUCAGUUUUAUCCAACAAGCAGUUUUUGGCUUGGGGAGGUGUCCCUCUUGGCAGAACACAGCUUCAGAAACUAGCUUUAAGAAAUAAUUCUACGUCUACAGCCCAACACUUGCGACUGCUAAUUAGAGGACAAGAUCAGGACUGCUUUCAGCUUCAACACACUUAUGGUUCAGAAGAGCGAUUAACUAGUAACUGUGAAAUCAAAAUUCGUCCAAAGGAAGACAUUAACAUCUUUGUAUUGUUUGCACCUACUCGAUUAUCUUGUAUGUUGGCUAAACUGGAAAUUAAACAACUUGGAAUUCGAUCACAGCCAGGUAUUAAGUUCACGAUACCUUUGUCUGGAUAUGGAGGAACAAGUAAUCUUAUUUUGGAAGACGUUAAAAAAUUAUCUGACAGUUACAUGGUAACAAUGAAUGACUUAAUACCUGGCAAAGAAAGUAGAAUUGUUUUUUCUAUUCAUAACACUGGCUCUCGGGCAGCUUUUGUUAAAGCUGUGGGUUUUAAAGAUGCUCAGAAAAAAGUUUUCCUGGAUCCUAAAGUAUUAAGGAUUUUCCCAGAUAAAUUUGUGCUUAAGGAGAAAACACAAGAAGAGGUUACUAUAAUAUGUAAUCCACCAGAGAGAGAGAGCAAUUACAAAACUGCAACAGAACUGUCAACUAUAUACUUCUUUGGUGGAGAUGAAAUUUCACGACAGCAGUAUCGAAGAGCUCUGUUGCAUAAACCUGGGAUUCUAGAACAGAUCCUUCCAGAGCAUAGCAUGCUUCAGAACAUUGAUUUUGCUGAAGCAUUUCAAGAUGAGCUGCUAGUAACUGAAGUAUAUGAUCUUCCCCAGCGGCCUAAUGAUGUUCAACUCUUUUAUGGAAACAUGCGUAAAAUUAUGCUUGCAGUAAUUGGAGAAUUCAGAGGUUCCAUUUCUAGCAGAGAAUUUCUUCAGCCUUCUUCUAAAGCUAACUUAGAAUCUAAAAGUGAAUCUGACAGUCUUGGGAAACACAGUGGCAAUGUUUCUUUGGAUGUUUUACCAGUUAAAGGUCCUCAAAGUUCUCUACUUUCACAAGUUGUUCACCUACCUCAAGAUAAAUCAUCAUCUGAAGAAAUGUGGACUGUUCAACCUGAACACUUGAUUUUGGUAGCACCUUCUACUUGUGAUUUGGCAAAAACUGCUCGUUUCCAGAUUUUAAAUAAUUCUGUUAGGUUACUGAAAUUUGAGCUGUACUGGCCAGCACACUGCCUUACAGUGACACCACAACAUGGAUUUAUUGAGCCAGAGAGUAAGCUGCAAAUUCUUGUGAGUCCUAAUUCCUCCUCAUCUGCAAAACAGUCAAUGUUCCCAUGGAGUGGUUUGAUCUAUAUACACUGUGACAAUGGACAGAAGAAAAUUGUGAAAGUUCAAAUUCGAGAAGACUUGACUCAAGAAGAACUUCUCACUCGUUUGGCCUCCAGGCCAUUUGGAAUCCCUCCUCCAGUGACUGAGCCUUUAACUAGGCAUCUUAUAAAACCAAUGACAAAACCACCUUCCACAAAAGUUGAGAUAAGAAAUAAGACUGUUACUUUUCCUACAACAGAACCUGGUGAAACUUCAGAGAAUUAUCUGGAACUUCAGAAUCAUGGAAACACAGAAGUGAAGUGGUAUCUGUCAUCUUUAGCUCCACCUUAUGUCAAGGGAGUUGAUGAAAGUGGAGAUGUUUUUAGAGCUACUUAUGCAGCAUUCAGAUGUUGUCCUAUUUCCGGUAUAGUGGAAAGCCAUGGAAUCCAAAAGGUCUCAAUCACAUUUUUGCCCAGAGAUAAAGGAGAUUAUGCCCAGUUUUGGGAUGUUGAAUGUCACCCCCUUACAGAGCCUCAUAUGAAACAUACCUUGAGAUUUCAACUCUCUGGACAAAGUGUCAAAGCAGAAAAUGAGCCUGAAAAUUCAUGCAUUUCUACAAAUACUCUUAUUAAAAUAGAUAAUUUAGUUAAGCCUCGAAGACAAGCUGUAUCAGAAGCGUCUGCUCUCAUACCUGGCAGACAACUUGACCUGACCUACCGUGGAGUUUAUGCCCCAGAAGAUGUGUAUCGGUUUCCACCAACUAGAGUUGGGGAAUCAAGGACAUUAAAAGUCAAUUUGCGAAAUAAUUCUUUUAUUACACACUCGCUAAAGUUUUUAAGUCCCAGAGAGCCUUUCUACGUCAAGCAUUCAAAAUAUUCUUUGAGAGCCCAGCAUUAUAUCAACAUGCCCGUGCAGUUCAAACCAAAGUCGGUGGGCGUAUUUGAAGCUUUGCUUGUUACUCAAACAGAGGAAGGCAAGAGCGUAGCUAUUCGACUAAUUGGUGAAGCUCUUAAAAAAACUAACUAGAAUACAUUUUGUGUAAAGUAAAUGGCAUAAGUUACAUAUGGUAAAUUCAUUUUUCUACACUACAAUUAUGCUUUUGUAUAUAUUUUGUAUGAUAAAUUAGAUGUGUAAACAGUAGAUUUUUGUUGUUUUGAGAAGCUAAUACUGAAGACGUGACUAAAAUAUCAUGUAUCUGGCCUACAGUAUUGUACUUAAUUUUUACAGGGGAGAAGAAAGUUCUAUUUUUGCAUUGAUUAUGAUAUUCUGAAUAAACUAGUAUAUAUUUUAAUGUGAUAUAUCUAGAAAUAAAGUUAAUUUUCAUCGAA